GUAUAACACGCAUGCGUACAAUCAGAUGUUAAAUUUUCAGAGAUAAUUGCUUCUGGAUCAUCACGUUGUCGAAGUCACAAAGUAGUUUCGGAGUUAAUCGUUUUAUGGAAGAAGGCAGAAGCGAGAGUGUUUUUUGCAAUAUUUGUAUUGUACACACAUUGAUCAACUGAAGCAGCUGACCGGGGUAUAUCCUGGGUUGUCAGGCAAUAGAAAUGGAGGGUGCAAACUCAAACUUUAUAGAUGAACAAAAUAAGAAACCACCUUUGAGGCAACCUACCGUAGCCACGCAAGAGCGUCUGCUAAACAGCGUGAAUCAAGUGAAUGUCAACGAUCGUCCUAAUGGAGGUGAACAAAUUAAGAAACAAGCUUUGAGACGGCCGACAGUAGCAACACAAGAGCGUCUGUUUAACAGUCUGAAUAUGUUUGAUCUCGAGCUGAAUCGCAACAACAAUGCUACUUGUUCCACAGAUGAGGAAUUUGAAAACAAGCCUCGGCCGUUCACGUUCAAUGUUAAUGCUAUAGAGUUUGUUCCACGAAUUACCAGGACCACCCAGAGCACAGGUGACAAGCCCACACUUUCGGUGGAAGCCAUGCCAUUUGUGCCCAGACAGAAUACAACUCAGCCAGUGUUCGCUGAUUUGGUUCAGGAGUUUCAGAAGACUUUGUUCAUCCUUACCACUAACCCCGGCAACAUGGAGGAGUACAUGCGGCCGAUGUGUGACAUGUUCAGUGGAGUGAACGCUGCAAAGUACAUGCAAGAUGUCAUUGAACUCUUGUAUGAACAGAGUAUAGCUGAACCAAAUUUUCGGUACACUGGAGCGCGCGUGUGUCAGCAUAUCUGCAGUGUUUUAAAGGACCACUCGAUAUUUUCAGACUUCAGGAAUCAGUUUUUAAAAAGAUGUCAGCAGGACUUUAACAAAAGAGACCACCUCCUGUCAAACCCGCCCACAAUAGACAGAGCCUGUGGUUUGACUCUCUUUAUGGGCGAACUCUUUCAGAAUUUAGAAAUAAUUGGUAAUGAUGGGAAGCCCCAAAAAAUAGGCUUCCUGCCCGAAGCUCUUCGAGACUUGCUAUUGUCACUGCUAUCUUACCCCUCCGAUACAUCCGUCAAAUGUGCUUGUCAGUUGCUCAAGUUGUGUGGUGCAUCAAUGGAAGAUAUGUUGAGGUCUGAGGAUUUCGAUCAGGUCUUCACUAGUCUUCAGGGAAUCGCUGCCUCACCACAUUUGAGAGACAAUACAAAGUUCUUGAUACAAACUGUUGUGAAAUUGCGUGAAUCUGACUGGGGUCGGAAAGGUUCAUCAACAUUAUCAUCACAAAAUGCUGACUUCAACCACUAUUCAUAUCAACAUUCAGAUUUGGCAUCGUCAGAACCCAUCUUCUACAAUGAGUCAGGACAAACUAUCUCCAGAGAGCAGGCUGGGUUUGCAUUUGAUGAACCAGAAGAGUCGUACGACGAUGAACAGUACGUCCUCAACGAGGAGGAAGACCUGGAGUUCCUCCAGUGGCAGCAGGAGACGUUGAACGGCAGCGCCGGCGAGCCCGACUUCACGCACUGGUCGAACCCCGCUGAAAACAACUUCACAGAGCCAAACUACCCGUAUGCUGACAAUGGAAUGGAUGAUGAAAUGGACGCAGAUUUCGAAGAGUUCCUGAGACAGCAGCAGCAUCCACAGUAACAGCAGCAUCCUCAGUAACAGUAGCAUCCACAGUAACAGCAUUAGUCCAAGACAGUCAUUGUCAUUGUCAUUGUCAUUAAGAUGUAACUUCUCAUCGGGUACCGAUUCCAUACACCCUUCCAUUCGUCAAAUCCUGCCACACGAACCACAUUAGUCAGUCAGUAGCUGUUGGUCGUCUUGCCUUUGAAUCAUGUUCACACACCACAUACAGAUCUGAUCGGAGUCAACCCAAGUCUGCCGCCAGUUGCACAUCAAUCAGGGGUCUGAUUCGGAUUGUAGGGUUUCCAAAAUCCACACCUAGGGAUUUCAAGAUCGCAAGAUAGAGACUACCAUAGAUAUAAUGUCAUAUUUUUCCAAAUCAUCAAAGUACACAUUUCGAAUUUCUAUUUUGAAAGAUAUUGGAACAUUCCUUUAUUUAAUUGGGGGGGGGGGGGGGAGGUAUUUAGUAAUUUGUAGAUGUUAAAGCUUGUAUCACUGUCGCAAAUGAGUUUUAUCAAAUAAGGCAAAGUAAAACCACCAUUAACGUCUGCUAAUGGCCAAGUUCAAAAUAGUUCUCCAUAUUCUAAUUCAGCAAAUGUCCUUUUUCAGUUUUGUUAAAAAAAUUUCAGAAAGAACACACAGUAACAAAAAACUCGGUCACUACCAUUGUGCUUGUAACUGUCCACUUUAUAUUUAAUGUUACAAACAAAUUUUAAAAAUACUCUUUAUUUGCAAUACGACUUGUUCCUAAUUUUCAUUUUGUGUUGAUUGUUUUCAUAACCACAAAAGUCAGCCAUACUUAAUGAUUUUACUUGUUUUGGACAUAAUAACUGGUGUUCAGAAAUGAUACAUUCAGCAUUCUUACCGUUAUUUACUUCUGUAUUCCUGUUGUGUUACAUCACUCGCACAACCCUUUUGUGUAGCAUUUCCAUCACACGUUAGAGGAACAUGCAUUUUACUUCGAAAAUUUACAUUUUAAAAGUGUAUGUCAAAUUAAACAGUGAUAUGUAAACAGGCACAAGUGAAUUCCCAAAACUGUGGGGUGUGUCUGCUGGUUUAGAGGUCAUUAACCAGUCGAAUUUCAUUUUACCUACACAUUGAAUUACGACUUUAACGUCAUGGCAAUGCCAUACAAAUAGCAUGCAUGUGAGGCCAGUAAAGAUUGGAGUCCAUACCGUAGAGUUUUAUAAGUGUGGGCUCUGGUGUUUGUUUGAAUACUGCAAUGAUUUGUGAUGGGGACAUUACUAAUAUGAAUAUUUAAUUUAUUUAAAAAGCAUGCAGCCAAUGAAUUUAUAUUUUAUUCCUAUAAUAUCAACAGUGUGGGGUGGGGACACAAAACAAUCAAAACACAACUGAAUAACAAACGUUUGUUGUUUCUCCUCAAAAGGUAUUGUGGUGAUGGAUUAUUGUUAUUUAAUAUGAAAGUACUGUAAUGUUUAGCACUUCUUUCAGUAUUUUUGUUAAACAUGUUUUUGAGUACACGUUUUCUGUAUGGAAUGUGUCUUGUAUACAUACACAUGUAUAUUCCUGUACAUAUGUACUAUAUAUUUGUAAAAAAAAUAAUUGAUUAUUAUGAAAGUGCUAUUAUAUAUGUUUUAUAUUUAUAUAAAAUUGAAAAUGUUUAUUUCUUUUCUCUCCGAAUUUUGUAAUUGAUUAAGACAAAUCUUGUAAUUUAUUUCUGACUGUCCUUGCUCUAUGUUUUGGAUGUUUUAACGUUGCCAGUAUACUAGUCAUUUCUACAGCUUCAGAUUUUGUCUUUAUAUUGGUAAUAACAUCGUCUGUUUCGCCUGUUUGUUGUGUUGAGGUUUUUGUCUUUGUUUUGUUGGUGCUUGUAAUGGGCAUAUAUCGCCAAAUCAGAUCCCAAAGACAACAAUAGUAACAUGUGGCUAAAACUGGUAUGGAUAGUAUUUCAAUCAACUUGCACCCCAUGAAUAUCUAUACUACCACCCCUCACCCUUAAAGUAAAUCAGAAAACAAAUGGGUGUUAAGCUGCUUCAGACAUGAUGGGAAGGGUCUUUGACAACCUUAGUUCUGCACAAUACUUGUUAUGCUGUUUUUAGUAGAACCCCACACAUUUCAAGUACAAUAGUAUCGGGUACACUGAAACUAAUUCAAAUAGAAUUGGAGGAAGUUACUGGCUAGAAGAAGCAACAUUUUAUGACAACAAACACCUGUCACAUUUAUUAACCGUGGCAGGACUGGUAGUUUUAACUGUCAUAUGAAAAGUUAGGUGCUCUUCCAACUUUGGCCCUGUGAGAUUCUAUAUGGUUUACUGCUACCAUUUGUUUCUCAAAAUAAUCAACAAUACAAAUAGAUCUCAUGUUCAAAAAUCUAAAAAAUGUAUAUUGGUCAUAUGAUUCAAUAAUUCACAAAAUUGUUCAGAAACUUGUAUGUCCAACGAGAAUGUUAAUUUCAUUAAAGGUACAACUCACAAUGUUAUUGCUUGGGAUUAUUUUUAUGCUGGUGUGUUGUUAAACAUUCUUUCAUUCAUUCCCUCAGGAUUAUUCCAUAGUCAGACGGUUUAAGAAGUAUAACUUGGCUUUGUUCAGAGUUUAGGGUUUUGUCUCUUGCCUCUGGUACUGAUAAGUCAUCCUUUACCCACAGUCAUCUGGCAGUUUGUAACACUCUUGUUUUGGACUGUGAGACUUAUUAACCUCCACACCACUGAUUCUCUAAACUAUAGGGACAGUCUCUUGACUCACUGGAGGUUCACAGAAUGUGGAAAACAAACAUGUAAUCAAAUAAUUUUGAAAAGUUCCAAAUAUAAUCAAAAGUCAGUUGUGUAAAUGUUUACUGUUUGACAUUCUAUCAUCUCGUAGUAAUCUAUCUAACACAGACCACAUCUCUACAGUGUUCAUGAACUCAUCUGUUUUGCUGUUAUUAGUUCUCCUGGACUGCCACUUACUGUCAUUUUGAAGUAUAAAAUUUAUUUUUAAAGAUAGGAAUGUGCUACUUGGGGAAUAAUUUGUGAACACUAGUGCUGAAAAACAUCUCAAUUUACACGCAAUUUUACAUUUUAACACUAAUCAAAAGUUGUUCCUGUUCUGUGGUCAGAGGCUCACAUUAAAGUGGCAGAUCCUAGUUUUUAAACACUAUGACAUAUUUUUCACUGUUGUAGCCGUUUUUGAUAAUUAAAAUUGGACUUUUCUUAAAUUUUACUGUUUAUAUAAUCCAUUUCUGUACAUUUGAAGUGUUUG